UCGGAACUUUGGGAGUGUGCAGUCUCCAGCUCCUUCAUACCUGCGCACAGCAUCCAGGGCUGCUUCCCCCCUCUGACAGGACAAGACGCACUGCAGCAUCCAGAGAGCAGCUGACGGAAAAAUACUUUUUACUGCCAAGAAGUCAAAGCAACCAGCAUCAGCUGAAAGAUGCUGCUCACGGGAACCCGACAAGUCCAAAUACUUCCAUUUCUCAUAGCAGUCUGUCGCCUCACUCUGGCCUUCCCCACCCAAACUCCAUCUGCAUUUGACGAUGUGCAGCAGCUCCAGGUGACAAUUCCCCACUCAGGUCCGAUUUCCGCCCCACUGGGCAGCUCCAUCUCCAUCCCCUGCCUGGUAUCCCUGUCCUCCACUCCCACCACCUCCUCAUCAUCUUCCUCCCCUGUUGCACCGCGGGUAAAGUGGACAGUGGUGUCCGGCGGGGUGGAGACGCAGAUCCUGGUGGCGCGGGGUCAAAGGAUAAAAGUCAACGAGGCGUACAGAGACCGCGCUGCCUGGCUUAACUACACCUCCUCCCCUGAUGAUCUGUCUCUGUGGCUGGGAGAUUUACGCUCCAGCGACACGGGUCACUACCGCUGCGAGGUGCAGCAGGGCCUCGAGGAUGCCAGCGACCUCGUACAACUCAAGGUCAAAGGUGUUGUUUUCCACUAUAGAGACGCUCUGGGACGCUAUGCAUUCUCCUUUCAUCAAGCCCAGAUGGCUUGUGAGGCUAUCGGGGCUCAAAUCGCCACUCCUGACCAGCUGCUGGCGGCCUACUAUGACGGCUACGAGCAGUGUGAUGCAGGCUGGCUAGCAGAUCAGUCCGUCAGGUACCCAAUCCAAGUUCCGCGUGAGGGUUGUUAUGGAGACAUGGACGGCCAACCAGGAGUGAGGAACUAUGGGACAAUGGAUCCAGAUGAUUUAUAUGAUGUUUACUGUUAUGUGGAAGACAUUGACGGGGAGGUGUUUCAUGACCCCAUCCCACAACAGUUGUCGUUUGCUGAAGCACACUCUUACUGCCGAGCAGCAGGUGCACAGCUGGCUACAACUGCACAGCUGUACUCUGCUUGGAGUGAAGGUCUGGAUUACUGCAGCCCCGGCUGGCUGUCAGAUGGCAGCGUGCGCUACCCCAUAAUGACCCCUAGAGAGCGCUGUGGAGGCCCAUUAGCAGGCGUCAAAACCCUUUAUCGCUUUGUCAACCAAACUGGCUUCCCAGAGUCCUCCAGCCUUCAUGACGUUUAUUGUUUCAGAGAGAGCACAAAUGAUCAUACCGACUCUCCCCGGGACUAUGUGGCCACAGAGCCAGAAGACAUCGGCCAAGAUGUUGUUAUAUUAAUGGAAACAGAUCAAGAGCUCAAACUGAACAACAAUGGUGAACAGGUGGAACUUAAAGCACAAGGGGUGCUUGAAUCUUCUCCCCUUUUCUCCAGCGCUUCCCCAGAGGACAACUUUGUCCACACACAACCAACAGAACUAUCAGACACAACAGAGCCUCCCUUCAACAACACACCUACAAUGGACCUCCUUCAGGGAUUUAAUGAAACUGUUUUUCCUACUGAAAUGAGCCAUGACUCCCAGCGUUCUACCGAACCGAUGAACAUCACUAUCAGCACAACAGAAACCUAUGAUUCAGCACAAAACGCAUCAUUACUACCUAGUGUUUUCAAUGAGACUGAUUCUCAAAACAAGUUCAAUUUGACCUUUAACCAACCUGAGCCAGAAAAUACCACAGGGUUUCCUGUACUGUCAUUUGAACAAAACCAGACAGUCUCAGGCGCGGCUUCUGAAGAGAGCACAACACCAUCGGAGAGACGACUAGAUUCCCAGGAAAUACGCGAUGCCUUCAUGAAUUUUGACAAAACGCAUGCCAAUUACAGCGACACAGACAGCAACCGUACUGACGAGGAGGAGAGUCUCUGGGAGGUGACUCUAAUGACCCUUGAGCCCAUGGUUCAGGUGGGGCUGCAGGGGGCAGCAGUAGAAGAUGCUGUGCAGGUAUCUGACUCAACUCAGGCUUCAAGAGGAGAAGAAGAACUUGUUACACAACGAGCACAAACAACACGAUCUUCCAUGCAGGACUUCCCUUCGUUGUGGGUGAAUCUGGAAGGGUCAGGAGAUUUUUCUCAAGAGAGUGACGUUGACGUCGAAGCAGUCCGCUUAAGUCCCACAUCCACUUCUGGCUCAACAGCUAAUUUGACAAGUUCUGUAUCUUCUGGCGGUGCUUCUGCAGAGCCUCACACAACACUGUCUGAUCCAAAAGUCUCACCUGGGUCACACCAUUCAGACAACAUGGGCCUCUCCACAGCAUCACAGCUCUGGGAGUCUUCUAUUUUUAGGCAGGAAGGAAGUACAAGCUUAGAAAUCGAAGAUGCAGUCACUAUGGAAAGUGAAGAAAAACUGCACCCGACUAAGUCUGAAGACGGCCUCUUCUCUGGAGUAAUUUUAGCAACUAUUGAGACCCCAGAGAGCUCAAACACAUCUCAGUUGCCCACUGAACAACCCACAGCGCUGUAUCAGACGUCAGGUUACAGAGUGUUUUUGGAUAUGACCAACAGGUACGAAGAGGCAAGUGGAAAUGAACCUGGUAUAAUCACUUCAAUCCUUGGAGAAGACAUCAGAAAAGAGGAUGUAACAGUUAGUCCAAAUCUCAAAGAAGAAACAAAGGUUGAUACAACUCUUGAAGAGAAAGCUGAAGUCCUCUCUCUACCAGACAAAGAAGGGAACGUUACCCAAAUCGUGGAAGAAGCUAACAUCACCCUAACACUUAAGGAGGAAAGUAGCAUUGCCCCGACACUUGAGGGAAAAGGUGAAGUGUCCCCAACCCUUGCCCCUGAAGAAGAAGCUAGCAUUGCCCCAACCCCUGAAGAAGCUAGCAUUGCCCCAACCCCUGAAGAAGAAGCUAGCAUUGCCCCAACCCCUGAAGAAGAAGGUGAAUUGUCCCUAACCCUUGCCCCUGAAGAAGAAGCUAGCAUUGCCCCAACCCCUGAAGAAGAAGUUAUGGUUGCCAAAAACUUUGGUGAGGAAGCUAACAUUCCUCCAGCUCUUGAAGAAGAAGCCAAUGUUACGCAAACAUUUGAUGAAGAAGGUCAUGGUACCACAAGUCCUGAAGGGAAAUCUAACUUUUCCAAACCAAUUGAAGGCGGAGCUAACAGUGCCCAAACUGAAGAGGGAGCUAACAUUGUCCCAACUCUUGAAGAAGAAGAAGCAGCUAGCAUCGCCCCAACAUUUGAAGAGGACUUUACUGUUUUUCCUCUCGAAUCACAAACAUCAAACUGGGCUCUGUUGACCACCACGACCGGACCCCAAGAGUCAAUGAACGAUCUAGAGUACAGUAGAAAAUCCCCGACCCUUACCUCCACAACAUCUCCAAGUUCCUCCUCGAGUACAAAACCCACUUCUGCUAGCACAAAGAAAAAUCCUUCCACGAUUAAGACCACUACACCCUGGUCCAGCCGCUCCUGGAGCCCGACCACCUCAAGACAGAAGGUUACCCACAAGACGUCUGAGCCCCCAGUGGUGACAGCCUUCAUGCCACCAGUGGAUCAAGGUCUGGUGGAUGUUGAGUUUAGUCUCACCCAGCCACCCACCCUGCUUAUAUUGCCCAAUGAGAGGGCAGCUGUAGGCGGCACAGGGAAAGCUUCAGACGCCUGCGUGGGAGAGCCCUGUCUCAAUGGAGGAACCUGCACUGAGCGAGGUGGGCAGAUUCAGUGUCUCUGUUUGCCGACAUACGGAGGAGACUUCUGUCAGACUGACGAGGAGCAGUGUGAACCAGGCUGGGAUAAGUUCCACGGUUUCUGUUACCGACACUUCAGCCAGCGUCUGAGCUGGGAGGUGGCGGAGCAGCACUGUCGCAUGCUGGGAGCUCACCUGGUGUCCAUCAUGACCCCUGAGGAGCAGAGUUUCAUAAACAGCAACUACAAAGAAUACCAGUGGACGGGUUUAAACGAUAAAACCAUUGAGGAUGAUUUCCGCUGGUCUGAUGGGAACCCACUGCUGUAUGAGAACUGGUACAAAGGGCAGCCAGACAGUUAUUUUCUAUCUGGUGAGGACUGCGUGGUGAUGGUGUGGCACGAUGACGGACGCUGGAGUGACGUUCCCUGCAACUAUCACCUUGCAUACACUUGCAAGAAAAGCACCUCCUCAUGUGGUUCACCACCAAAGGUUCGAAACGCCUCCAUAUUUGGAAAACUUCGACAAAGAUAUGAGACCAACGCAGUCGUGCGUUAUCACUGCGCUCAGGGUUUCCAGCAGAGACUGAACCCUGUGGUCAGGUGUCUGUCUGCAGGCAGGUGGGAGAGGCCCCAGAUCCUCUGCAUCCCCGAGGCCAGGGGUCCAACACAGCACCCCGAGGUGACGUCUCAGCCCAGCAGAGACUUUGCUGCCAUUGAUGAUGAGCAGCGUGAAGCUGUUAAGGAGGCACCACAGUACUGGGACAUCAGGUUCUAAAAUCACAGCCAUGUUUUCCUUGUCUUCAUUUCUUAAACUCUGCUGUUGUAACUUGACAUGGUGUCAAGAAUUUAGGCUUUUACCAAUGAACAAACAGGACAACAUGAACCACAGAUAGAGAGACACAAACUGAAGAAGCCUCAGUGCACAGGCUUUGUUUUCUUUUGUGGAAGUUUAAAGCUUCUUCGUUUUAAUGUCCUUUAGAAUAUUUCCCACUGUGUUUUGGUCUUGGGACUGUACGAGUUUGAUGUAGUGUCUAUCAGCCUUAAAAAAAAAAAAGUUUUAAGUGAGUCCUUUUCAUGAAAAGAAAUACUGUAACGUGUGAUUCUCCUUACUGAGUCUGAUCCUCAUCUAGGUACCUGUUCUUUUAGAUCAAGAACCUUCUUACUAUGGUGCUAAAGUUUUCAACAUCUUUUCUACCCAGCAAAGAUUUGUAAUCUUUUUUUUUGUGAUUGAGGUGCAGACAAAAGUCCCCGUUGUUUAAAAUCUAAGACUCUAAGGACUCCAAAGCACAAUUUCAACGUGAACAUACAAUAAUUACUGUACAUAUAUAUUUGCUUUUACACCUCUGAUAGCUGUCCGCAUAUUCGUAGGAGAAACCUUUUAUUUCCAGCAGACACAGUUUUGUUCGUCAGCUUUAUGUUGUAAUAAAGUUUUGUAGAACAGAGCGAAGAAUAAAUUGUUCUCUUAUUUUACCCCAA